CUGGGGUAUUCCUACCACGAUGAACCAGCUCAAACAAAAAAGUAUUGGGAAUAUUAUAGUGGACAAGAGCUACACUUGGGACGUUGCUGCAGCGUACGUGCCAAAAAAUAUCAUAUCCCCGCCGAAGUUCCAAGGCAAAAACGACAACAAGGCGGCUCAGAGACUGAUUACAUACUUGAACGACAAGCAAGCCCAGGCAUCGGACGUUGCCGAUACUUUCCAAAAGGAGUUCGCAAGGCUCCUCAUCCAAGCAGAGCCAGAGGCGGCGGCCGUGAUGCAGACUUACCCGGACAAGUCCUGGAGAGGUAUUCUAGAGCAAGACAAGGCCACCAUGACGGCAUAUUUCACGAUGCAGGUGGUAGCAGCUGUGCAAAAUGCACGGGAAAAAAAUUGCGGCGCCAAUCCGAAUGGCCAACGGGUACUGACGCCACCCAAAAAAACGGAAAAUGGACAAUGCUGCCCGAAUGACACCUUUGGCGUCAAGAAAGAUAGCAAUUUCAACCAAAAGUGGGGCGCCUUCUGGUCUAAGAAACGCAAAGGUACGUGCGACGCCAACAAUCAGAAGCCGAAGUGCGACACAACAAAGGAGUGCUGCAAAGACGUGAAUCCAAACGACAUUGCGGGAACUAGCGGCACACGUCGGCACCUUCUCUCCCGCCCGAUGUUUAUACGAGACGACUGCACGGACGGCAGUGGAAGCGCACCUCCUGCUGAUGACUCCAAGCCCAGCAUCCCGGGCGAUGUACCCGCGGCGGUUCCUCCAGGACCACCUCCAGUAGCUGUAGUCGGUGGCGUGCUGGUUUUCAUCCACGACAUAUGGGCAGCCGUCAUCGUAGCGACUACUGUCAAGCAAGCCAGGGACGAGCAGCAGAGCAAGAUAGAUGACGGUAUCAAGAACAAGUUCGUGCCCCUCGCAGCGGAUCCGAGCCAUAGCGACGACUGCAAGGCACAGCGCGACAAUCUCGAAAAGGUGCUGCAUGCCAUCAACUACAGCCCCUCUGUUCCAGACUGCGCCGUGCCCAUUGCUGCCGCCAGUUCAUCGUCUUCCUCGUCUACUUCGUCGCCGGCACCAGCGCUCACGAUUGCCCCCAAUGCGACUUCUUCGGCCCUUCCUACAGCCCCCCCUUCUGCAACACCCGUUCCCACCAUGCCCUUGAUUCCCAAUCGCUGCGAGGGCAAGCACAACACCUAUCUCCCCAGCGGGGGCUUCUGCCCAUGAUCAACUGUCGUGAGGACAAGGCUGGUCCUUGUCCCUCUCCCGCGCAUCUCGCCGAUCUGUCCAUCUGUCCUGUGACCUGUUCUCUCUCUCCUUAACGCUUUCUCGUUCUUCCUCGCCCCCCGCUCUCGUUGCGAUUCCGUCUAGCUGUCCUGUUCCGUUCCUUUUCUUCAUGCUUCCUCGAGCUAAGUUCCUGGACACUCCCUUUUCUUCACUUGCUGGCAGGACGACCUUGGUCCGAAGAGGCUGGGGUCUCAAACAAGCUGGAGCAGCC